GGUGGAGGUCGGACGGCGCUGCCGCUCUCUCUCUCCCUCGCUCACUGAGACGCCACCCCGGGCCAAAUGUGACUAGAGAAAAAAAUCAGAAAUUAUAGAAAUAGAAUGAGCGCUAAACUGUUUAUCGAAAUUCAAAAUAAUGUUAAACUCAAGCAUGAGACCCUGCAGAUAAGAAAGAGGCAUCUCGAGUUAUAAAGUUUUGUAAGUUAGAUUGAAGUGACCACGUGUGACCCGACCAGAUGGGCCCUCACUGCCUCGUAGGACUCGUUAUACUCAUCCUUGCUUCUACCGAGCUACAAGUCACCGGAGCAGCCCUUAAACCAGACCAGGUGAAGGAGGUGUGGGUGGUGGCGGGCGAGAGGGCUGAAAUGCCGUGCGCUCCCUCACCGAAGCUCUCCCUCGAUAAGCCGGUCCUUGUGCUGUGGUACCGAUCCAGCGACACCCUUCCGGUCUACAGCUACGACGCGCGGGCCGGUGAGUUCUCCUCGGGCUCGCGGUGGGCGGACGAGAGCGCCCUGGGUGGGCGUGCAGACUUCAACGUGUUGUCGGAGACGCCCACGCUCGUGCUGGAGCCCGCCCAGCCGCGCGACGAGGGCGUCUACACCUGCAGGGUCGACUACCGGCUCUCCGUCUCCACCAAGACGGUCGUCAACCUCACCGUCACCUACAAUGGUAUGGAAGAAGCAUACAACGAGUUCGUCACCUUGUUAAAUUAUGGGACACAUCGUAUAAUGAAAAUACUUGGGAAAAAGUUCGCCAAAGCUCCCGGGGAUCCAGACAAUCACACGCAGGAAACGCUCCAGUGCCAGAUACGUAAUAAUCCGGCCUAA